UGUCCAAGCAAUUAACAGUUGACUCGACCUUUCAAGAAAUGCCAAGAUUUGAUAGUUUCUGGACCAAAAAAAUGGAGAUUUUAAUUCUUUUAUCAACUUUACUAGUGCUAUUCAGCUCUUCUUCUUGUUCCGACACUAACCAUAUUCUUGUAUUGGAAUGUUCAGCUGAUAUUAAAGCUAACCUAACGAAUGAUUACCAAAUAAAUUUCAAUAAUCUAUUGGAUUCACUAGCAACAAACGCGCCUUUCAACAAUGGAUUCUACAAAGCCGAGUUUGGAAAAAAUUCCGACAAAAUUUACGGGGUUACACAAUGUAGAGCAGAUCUUUCUACAGAAAACUGCGCAGCUUGCAUCAGGAUCGCCACCCUACACCGCGGCUGCUAUACAGAUAGUACGCGGGUAUCUAUUUGGUAUAAAUGGUGCUUUCUUCGAUACUCGAACGAAAGAUUUUUCGGGAAAUGGGGUCCAUCUGCAAUGGCUAUAACAAAUCACACAAAUUUCGAAGAUCCAAACAUGCUUUCGAAGACUCUGAACUUUAUGAAUGAUCUUGUUUCUACAGCUCCCGAGCAACCAUUGAUGUUUCAAACUAACGUUUUGGAUGUCGGAAAAUACGGAAAGAGGUACGCAUUGGCUCAGUGCACUCGAGAUUUAAGCAGAAAAGAGUGUAGAAAAUGCUUUGAUUAUAAGUUGGUGAUUUUUCGAUCAACGAUAGGUAAUAAAAAACAAUGGCACAUUUUUGGAUAUGGUUGUAGUAUGUGGUAUGGUGAUUCUCAAUUCUACUUCAACUACACAUUGCCUGCAGAUAAAGGUGGUGGCGGCGCUGUAAUUUUGCCAGCUGAACAAUUUUUGAUCGGCAUGAUUAUUCCGGUGAUAAUGUUCCUGAUUAUUCUCUAGUCAUUUGAUGCGGUUGUAGAUGCAGAUUUGAAAUUUACGAAAAAGAUGAAUCGUAAUUUGGAUAAUGACAUUUUUGUAAUUCUCGUAAGUUAAGUAGUGUACGAAUUAGGAUUUAGUGGAAAUAGAUCAAUGAUAAAUACUUCUGAGCUUUCAUCAAGAUCUACAUCGUUUUUGAGCCAAAUUCAAUUGUUUGUGCCUCAAAAAUUGCUGUUAAUUUUUUUAAUUUUACUUAGAGUUUUAUUUUUAAUGUAGGAUAUAUAUGGUGUCUUUAUUUUUGAAUAUUAUUUAGGGUUAAUUCCUAAAAAAAUCACGAACUUUACACGAAGUUUCAUUUUAAUCAUGACCUUUAAAAGUUGCCAUUUAAAGGCACGAACUUUCAUUUUGUUUCAAAUCUAUCAUUUCAGUGUAUUUUUAUUGACUAAAUUCUUCAAUAAACCUUUAAUGAAAGACCCAAAUUAUAAAUCGACAUUAAAUUUUAUUAUCUUUUAGUUAGAGUAUAUAGGAUUAGGAAUUUUUGCUUCGAUAAAAUACAUCGGAUUUUACUUUGGCGAUAGAUUUGAAACAAAAUGAAAGUUCGUGCCUUUAAAUGACAACUUUUAAAGUUCAUGAUUAAAAUGAAACUUCGUGUAAAGUUCGUGAUUUUUUUAGAAAUUAACCCUAUUAUUUAUAAGCCUUAAAUUUUAUGGAGGCAGAUUUUACUUAAUUAAUUUACUAUAUAAUGUUGUUUUUGUUGCUUUUCAAAUUCGAAAUUCUAGAAACCCUCAUCCCUCUAAACUCUCUUUUUCUUUUGAGAAAAAAAAACUUUCUCUCUUUUUAGAAACCCUCAUCCCUCUAAACUCUUUCUUUCUUUUUAGAAACUCUAGCCGCAACAAGAGGGAGGUGAUUUUGGCCAUUUUUUGGUUUAAAAUCACCUCCCUACCUUCUCGUUUUCUGUUCAAAUCUCGUAUUUAGUUUAUUUUGCGUCAAUAAUCACAAAUCUGAGAUCUGUUGGUAUUUUUCUUUCUUCCUUUAUGGAUGUUUUGUCUUCCUGUCUCUUACCCUUUAUGAGUUUUGCUAUUUCCUUGAUGGAAUUAUUUACGGAGCGUAGAUCUGAAGUGCUAUCAGUAGAAAUUUUAUUUUUUAUAUUCUCUCAAUCGGACUCAUUCGAAGACCAAAGAGUCGAUGUAUGGUUUAAAAUAACCUUCGAGUGGAGCGGACGGAUCGCCGAGUUGCAUAUUCAAAGAGCUCCUUCAAUGCGAUUUAAGAAAUUAGAUAUGAUUUUCUGUUAUUUUAUUGAUGUUCUAUUAUUGCACUCUUGAAUGUAUUGAUUUAUUCAAUAUUUGAUCAAGUUGUAUUUUUAUUUUUCUA